UUUGAGGAAACAAUAACGAAUGCCGAUAGUUAUAAGCGGCAUAAGUUCAUGACUCAAAAAAUACAAUAGUUGUGUAAUUAUAUUAGUAAUAAUCUAAACGCUAAAAUCUCUAGCACAGACGUCUCAGAUCAUUAACUGAAUUAUUAUGAUGAUUAAAUGACGCAAUAAUCAGAAGCGAUAUGUUUUCUGAUGGUUCAUUAAUUAAAAAAUAUACUAGCUUUUCUAAUUGUAAGCUAGAGCUAUGGAACUAAUGUGGAAUGUAUUAUAACACUGGCACAUUCAAUCUAAUGUAUCGAUUUAGUAUAAUAUUGUAUUAACUAGUAAACCCUUCAAUCAUUUUGUUAUUAUUUUGUUCAUAAAUAAAAAUGCCAACACUACAAUGCUGAAUUUUUAAUAUUAUGUAGAUACCGUUUGUAUAAUAUUGUAAUGAAGUCAGGUGUAACAAAAUAUAUUUAUCAGAAUUAGGAUGAACAAGCGAACGGAAUCGAACUUAUGGCAAUCAGCUAUUUAAGAGAACAAUAAAUUUUGCACAAAGCUGAAUUGGCGUAUAGCAACGAAGAUAAUAUAAUAAAACACAAUAAAUUUAAACAGAACUUUCUGCAGCUUGUGAAAUCUUAUAGCUUUCUGAAUAACGAACAUAAAUAUUGAACAAAGUUUUAUUAUGAAGGAGAAAAAAUCACUCCAUCAGAUUUAGCGAUAUUAAUAUACUUCUUAAAGCUUGAUAAACUUAUGUAGAAAAUUUCAUCAUAGCAAGCGUCCCUAGUACGAACAUCACAUAACUCCAUACAAAUUGCAAGACAUCUUUUAUAAAUUCGAACCAGGAGAGAUCACUAAGUAGAAAUUUUCGAUUUCAAAAUUACUUGGCAGUGAUGUUCACUCACUAGAGACUUUCGUUCUGACAUUCUUAUCCCACGCGGAAAUCGAUCUGUUCGUAAGGUAUGGCCCUUAUUUCCUGCGUACUAUGCUAUUGCAAAUUUCAUGUAAGUACUUCACAUUGACGUAAACGUCUAUGAUAUUCGUUGUUUCUUAAAAACCAUCAUGAUGCAGCAUAAAUUUAAAUCACUUCCGCUGACUUCUCAUUUUAAUUUCUAUAUUAUUUAAAAAACAUACCCGAAAUUUUGAUGUUACCUACCACUUACUUGAAAACAAUCAUGAUGCAAUAACCAACUAAGUUACUUAUUCCCUAAAUGUCAAGAUAGCUUCUGACCUCCCACCCAUUUAAAUCAAAAUAGUUCAUAAAUAAAUUAUCAGGUUAUCACACAAUGACAUAUGAUUUCGAUGUAUCAUUGUUCUUGGCCUAAGGUCACGUAAUCAUAAAGAGACUUGUUUUUCUUCAUUUAUUGCUAUCCACUCAAUUAGUUCACACGUCUAUCGUUUCUACCUAUUCAACGUGAUGGAUAAAUCAGUCCCAAUGAAAUAUUCCGUAAUACAAUUCCCCGGGUCGUUCGAUUCAUCAGUACAUAACUCGUACAUUUGUAUUCCUAAUUUAUGGAUCAUAAAUCGUGAGAAAGAGAAAGUAAUCGUUGCAGUUCCACCUGAUGAAGAAGUACCAGUGUCAUUAAGCCAUACUCUCAAGAAUGAACCACCAUCACCGCACUGGAAAACCUAUGCAGGCAUACUAGAAUAUGAAACUCAUAAUUUGGAUAAUGCACUUCACUUUAUAGUCUGGAGAUGUAAGUCUAUAUGUCAAUCGAACCAACCUACGGGUAAAGUCCGUGCAGAUUUGACUCCACUAAACAGAACUCCGGAAGUAGGACCAUCGGUGAAGAACGAAGCUAGUACAUCAUCUUCAUCUACUGAACCAAUGACAAAAUUAAAUUUCGUUACGAUGUUACAAAUAGUACGACCAAUGAUCGUCAGCUUGUUGGGACACGUCGACAUGAUAAUUGAAUGCAAUCAAAAUAGAUCUUUGUUUCACCACGAAAAUUGUCAUGGUAAUAAUUUUAACAGCAAUGACUUAGUCGAUUUCACUCAAACGUCCAAUACGUGCGUAACUUUAUUCCAGGAAAUCAUGCAGAAUUAUAUGAACUCACAUAAUUUAAAACGAAUGUCAGAUAAUUCAACACCAAGCGAAAUAUUAUCACUGGAAACGGUGAUGUACAAAGAAAUUAUGUCUUUUCUUGAUCUAAUAGUAAGAAUGAUGAAGGGUGAGCUACAACAAUAAUUAUUUUAAUUACUUUAACCUUUUAUUUUGUCAAACCUUUGUCCGUAAGUUAACAAAUAAAUAUAUGCUGUAAAUUUUCAUUGUUUUAUUCUUUCAAUAAGAUUUUUCUUUAGAGUAAUUUCGGACAAGUGUGCG